AUGUCUACUUCUGACUAUGAUUGCCCAAGUGGUCAUCUUGGCAUUGAAGAGUUUAAACGAAUCUAUGCCAGUUUUUUUCCAUAUGGUGAGGCUUCUCGGUUUGCAGAACAUGUUUUUCGCAUCUUUGACACAAAUCAAGACGGCAAUAUUGACUUCCGCGAAUUUCUCUGCACCCUGAGCAUAACCAGCCGCGGCGGGCUAGAAAAAAAACUUCGUUGGGCCUUUAAUAUGUACGACCUUGAUGGGGAUGGUUAUAUUUCCCGUCAGGAUAUGCUUGAAAUAGUUUCGGUGGGUGCCUUUACACAACCAAAACGUUUUAUGAAACAAAAACGAGCAUGUACUUAA